GCCAAGGGUACAGUGAGGGCCGUUCGAAUUCUGUGAUGAGUCUGGGAAUCCUCUGGGAAUGAAGAAGGGAAUAUAGCAAAAAAGUUUAAAAAAUUGGAGGUAGCCAACUCUGAAAGAUCACCGUAGUUGACGGAGAAAAAAAUCUGUGAGCUCGAAGUUUAAAAUGAGUCCGUCUUUGGCAUCUUUGAGGGCGGCUGUUUCCUUGGCCCUUGUUUUACUUGGUCCCUGCCCUGGCUUGAUGGCCCCACUCGUUGAAUCAGACGAUGAUCAUUUUGACCUGGAGAACUAUGACUUCAACAGUAUAACAGAUUGGGACAACCUUGAACCCAACAUUUAUGGUGACAGUUAUGAUUAUGAUGAUUUGGACCAACAGAUUGAGGUAGCCACCGUAGCAGCAGACAUCCACCAACUGGGCAGCCAGCCAAAGGUUGACCAGCAUGAGGAAAAAGUGACCCUGCCUUCUUCGUCUCCAUCCCCUGUGCCACUGGACUUCAAGGGCUCUGGCCUUUUUGGACCUGAGACUGGAUUGGGAUUGCCUACCUGUCUUCUGUGUGUAUGUAUUGGAGGGAGUGUGUACUGUGAUGAUACAGGCCUUAAACAGAUUCCACCCCUGCCCAAAGACACCAGCCAUUUUUAUGGACGCUUCAACAGUAUUCGACAUGUCAAGAACACAGACUUCAUAAAUCUCAGUAAGCUACAGUCUAUUGACCUUACCGGAAACCUGAUUUCUGAAAUGGAUGAAGAUGUAUUUCGCACGCUACAUCAGCUUCAUGACUUGUUGUUAGCCGAGAACAACUUACAGGCCUUGCCAGAACUACCAAUUACCUUAAAGCAUAUUGAUCUACGGAACAACAGACUGAUAAGCCGAGGGCUCUUUACAGGGUCCUUUAAGGAUAUGAGCCAGCUGGAAUUCCUCUACCUAUCCAAUAAUAGACUAGAUUACAUUCCAACACCAUUGCCAUUGAGUCUCAGAGUAUUACAUUUGCAGGGCAACAACAUUCAGUCCCUUCAUGAAGACACCUUCUGUGACAGCCACGACCGUUACUUCAUUCGUCGCAACCUGGAGGACAUCCGCCUUGAUGGCAAUCCUUUAAACAUGAAUCUUUUUCCUCAGGCUUAUGUCUGCCUGCCACGCCUCCCUGUAGGAAAUCAUUGAUCGUUACUAUUGGAAAACAAAACAAAGCAAAACAAAACAACAACAAAAAAAAACAAUACCCCAUUUGUAUGUGAAAGAAUACAGAUGGCUGUUUAGAUAGAGCAUAUGGUCAUUAAUAUUUUUGACAAAGGAUGAUGCUGAGAUUCCCUGCUUGUUGCAGCUUAAUGUGCUGUGUGUGUGAAGUCUUUUUUUGAUAGUAAAGAAAUGUUUUGAAAAAACACUGAUGUUUAUUAUCCCUGAUUUAACAGCCCCUUACACAAGUCAGUCAUUAAUGGAUGGUGCCAUCCAUCAUUAGUGUGUCACAUUGAGUUUCAAAUAGCCUUUCAUGUAUUUUAUUUUACCCUUGUUUUGAAUCUGGGAGUUAUGUUUUUUUUAUAUGGAUACAUAAACCAUAGACUUCAUAAUACUUGACAGGACACGAGAAACGGGGCCGAUCCGUAGUGGGCCUAUUUUCCAGAACUUCAAAUUCAAACAUUUUCAAAACCAAAGCUGCUACCCACCUAAAACCAAAACAGGCACCUACCUUAGCCAUAUAUGAAUUUCCAUGAGCAGAGGCAUAAAAAAAAUUCAAAGUCGUUCCCUUAUCCCAAUUAUUUUUUUUUAAAGGUUAUAAGUAUAACAAACUUAAAAUGGCUAGAAAAUUAUCAGAUUUUACACUAGAUGCACAAAAAUCACCAAAUGCAGAGAUAAUCACCGAUAUUUUCAGGAUCGAUAGCAAUAUUUAACAUAUCAUAUAAGUUUUUGCCGAAAAUAGAAACUUAAUUUUUUAAACAGAAAAUAAAUAACUCAAUUUUCACAUUAGAAACUUAAUACUUGAGGAAAACAUGCAGAAUCAAUUAUAAAUAAUAUAUACUACUAAAUAGAUUAAUCAAUUGUAUAUACAAUCACAAAUUAUUAUAGAAUAGAAUAGAAUAGAAUAGAAUAGAAUAGAAUAGAAUAGAAUAGAAUAGAAUAGAAUAGAAUAGAAUAGAAUAGCCCUUUAUUGUGUACAAUGAAAUUUGGAGCAUUUCCCUUUACUGUGCAUUAUAAAUGAAAAUCUCAAAAGUGACUGGCAAGUAUAAAAUCUAAAUAAACAAAUAUAAAAUGCGUAUGAGAUAGUUAUGUGUUUAGGCAGUGCAAAAAAUCGAAGUAAAUGAGCAGAAGUUUGAAAGUUAAUGCUUUGACUAUUGUAGGUGAGAAAGUAUUGAACAUAGAAUAUUGCAUGCAAAUGAAUAUUGGACUAUGCCUUGUAAGCUUCAUCGACUUGUACAAGUCUCUGUUCUCGCCAUCUCCUUUCUGCCGGUCUACCACUCUAAGGCAUUGUACGUCCUCGCUUCGGAAGUCACAUGCACCAAAUCAGUUGAAGAGGGAUCUGCUGAUGUGCGGCAAAGUGGUGUUGACCAGCCUGUGCCCCUCCUGGCACCUGUACCCCUGCAAGGUCGGGUCUGAGGCAACCAGGAACAUCAAGAUCACGUCAUCAUCCUUUUUCUCCUCUGCCCUGUCCAAGUCAGCCUGCACGUCGACGGGGUACAACCCGACGAGCUUAAGCAAGUGCAGGCGCUGGGCCAGCCUAUUACUGACCAUGAAGUUUUUUAUGCUGGUCCAGUAAUUGGUGCCGCACAUCUGGCGGCGCUUGCCAAAUGAGUGCUUUGUUGGGUCAGAGUUGGCUUUCUCCAUGCAGACAUACUUGACCACCGGGAUCUUGAGGAGGAUGAUAUCCCUGCAGAAGGCGGGCAGGGCAUUGCCCGUGAUGUGCAGAGCCGAGGCAGUGGGCGUCUGCAGCCUACCGGUCUUUGUCCCUCUUUUCAUUUUCUUGUCCUUUUUGGCCCAAAUCUGGAGCAUUUUACAAAAUAAAAAAAAAAAAAAAAAAACUGAACAAGCUUGCUGUCGAUUCAAUUCAAUUUAAUCAAAUACAGUGUGGUUACUUACCUUGCAAAUUUCACCAAUCUCCUGGAGGAACCGAAUGUUGGCCUCCGACUGCUCAUCAAAACAGCCUGUCAGGUCCUCAACACCUCCUUCCCCACCACUAUCACCUCCUGCUCUUGGCCGCAGCAUACAUCGGUAGUUAUCAUUCCAGGGCACGUCCUGCCUCGGCCCCGCACGUUCAUCAGAGAUCAUCCUCUGGAACAUCUCCAGAACGUCAGUCGUGUCCCUUUGUUCCUCCUUGCCCGUGGUCAUGGUGAGGAGCCUCAGCCCGGCGACCGUGUAGGGGUUGACGACCACCAUGAUGAGCCCGACGCACUGCUUCUUAAUCUUAGAGGGCGCCAGCACCUUCUGGGUCAACUUGUCAGACAUGUAGUUCUUCCAGAUGGCCAGCCCCUUCAGGCUCAUGAAUCGGGCCGUCCUCAUCCUCUCAGGCUCCCACAAAACAUGUUUGUUUUAGAAAAAUAGGCGUUUUGAUUCACCCAUUUUAUAAAGUGAAUAAUGCUGCACACUUACUUUAGCCCCAGGACACCUGGGCAGCACCAUACAGCCGUUGUUGUGGAAGCUGCUGUAGAUGUUCUUUCAAAGGUGCACAGGGUCAAAGUACACAAAGAACUGCUUGUUGCCAUCGGUAAACGGGUUGAUGUAGGACCAUGGUGUUUCACUGAAAGUUAUGAGAUUGAAAUAUUACAUAAAAUAAAACACAUAAAAGCUGAUUUUUAAAUAUGGACGCAGAAAUGUCUAAAAGAAAAUCUCGAUACAAAAUACAACAUGGCCGCCUUGGCAAAACAAUGAGGUUUUUACGUUGAAUUUCUUGUGAAUAAGUGCUCAAAUCCCUAAAUUCUUUAUAGAUAUGGACGUAAAGCAGUCUCGAUUCUUGGUUAAAAGCAAAAGAAACCGUGCAGGUAGCAUUUACUUCAAGUUAAAAUGGCUAAUGUGCGGCCCGUCUAUGUGGCGCCGCCUUACCACAAGUCCAUAGCAAAGAGCUUUUCAUGUUAGAAUUCAUGUGAAUGCUUAAAUCCCUGAAUUCUUUAUUUAUAUGGCCGUAAAACAGGCAGUUUGAAUUUACUUAAAUCAGUCUAUUAUCUUUGUUAAGCUUAGGGGCUGCCACAAUGGCUUUUUCCGCUCAAGAUUCUUGUGAAUAAAUGCUUAAAUCACUGAAUUCUUUAUAGAUGUGCACAUAAAACAGUCUCGAUUCUUAGUUAAAAGCAAAAACCGGGCAGUUAUUUUACAUAAAUUUGUCGAAGAAUGAUGCCAAUGCCAUGGCGGCUCACAUUGAUUUUUUUUCACGACAUUUCAAAAUGCAUGCAUUGUACGAAAAAUAUAAUAAUUACCUUGAAUCCUCAAACGAAUCACUCCUGAGACGAUCCUUGUUGUUAGUAUGCGGUCCAGAUUUCAUUUUUUUUUAAGGUAAUUCAGGCUUUGUGUUCAAAAGCAUGUGUAAGACUCAUUCCCACCAACUUCUAAUAGAUGAAACUGACUCACACAGCGCCCUACAGGCCGGCGGGGUACAGAGAAUACCUAAUGUGACCUGUCAAGUAUCUUGUAGUCUAUGCAUAAACAUUUGUAAACAUUUUACUAAGGCCGCACCAUAUUUGUAAGGUCAUUUAAUUAGUUGUUUGAUAUUAAAAUUUAAAAACAUGUUAUUUUUUAGGUAUCAUAUUUUAGCUUCAGUUCUACUGUUGUGAUUUUUGUUUUAAUUAUUAUGACGUCACUUUGAAAUACAAAAAACGGCUAAUGUUUCUUACAUAAACACUAUUCAAUGUGGAAUCUAUUUGAACUACAAAUGUCAAGCUCCUGACCUACAGCAGUUUCAGUGUCACGUUACUGAGCUGCAGCUGUCUGAAGACUAAUGCGUCUGGUGCAACCACCCAAGUCCAUCCCUCAGAGCAGUCCCAGCAACCGCACUUCGACUUAAUGCGUGUUUGAUGGCUCAGCUAAAUGGCUAGCCUUCUGUGUAGUCCAUUUUUGUCUAAUUAGCACAUUGCCCAUCUGCUGGUUUGUUGUCUGCUUUCUUACUACUGCAUUCUGUCAAACUCUCACAUCUUAAUAAAUAUUUGCUUUAACCUCUGUUGUUUGCAACACAAAUAAAAUUAAAGAGGGACAACAAAUUCAGCUUUGUCUUCUAUAAUGGUAAUCCCAAAGUUUUUGCUUGUCUGUUUUUUUUUUUUUUUUUUUUUUUAGAUAUUUAAGAUAUAAGCAGGUAU